AUGAUCUCUGAGGCUGACAGACAGGGAGCAGUUAGACCCAAGAGGUCACCGUCAGACGGGCACAGGGAUAGGGACAGGGACCGCAGCCCCAGACGGAGAGCAGAAGCUGAUCAACACUAUUUACAGGCGAGACAUCAGGAGGGCAUCGACGACCUCCCUGCAGGGAAGAGACAAAUGAUGGAGAAGUUUUUCACUGAUGUUCAUAGUCCUCCUCCAGGUGAGAUGAAACCAGGGAAGCACCGCCAUCACAACCCCGAUCAUCACCACCAGGAUCAAGAAAGGGAAACACACAGGUAAGAUCACUUUUGAGUUUCCCUUUUAUUAAAGUUUCCUUUUUGAAACAGUAAUGAGGAAUGCACAUUUGAUGAAGACUACAAUUGAGUGUGGUUAUUGAAUGAAUACAUCAUUACUACUUAAUCUCUCCAUAUCAGCUACAGCAGGUUACGGGACAAUGAUAGACGCAGCAGUGAAAGCCACGGUCACCACCAUUACCAUGGUAACAAUCUCCAAGACGACCAGGAGCAACCCCAUAGACGCCACCAUCAUCAUCAUUAUCCUCAGCACCUUCAUCACGACGACGAGAUGUCGGACCACCACACCACCGUCACCCUCUCCAGAGCAUCUUCCUCCUCCCUCUCAUCUUCCUCCUCCGACUCUUCCACCGAAUGGUCCUCUGAGGCUGGCAUUGACGACAAGUUCUCCCUGAAGCACGCCAGUCGGCCGCAGCAUACCAUGUCCUGCUCCAACAUUGCGGGAGGACAACAGUUCCGGGAGGACGACAGCGAGCUGCAGGUGUACGCCACCAUCAAACAGGGGCGAAUGCACAGAGGAGGCAGUCCUGGGACCCAUCCUCAGGCCCAGGGGAGGGGAGGACACGAGCCCGGCUACUCCGAGCUACACCGGGGCCACAGCCGCAGUGAAGAGGGGCUGCUGCAGAUCACAGGAACUGACAGAGGGAAAGCACGGACAUCCCCACACCUGAAGCACGGACCCCUCUACAAGACAGCCAGCCUGGGCCGGAGCCUGGCCUUCAGUGAAGAGGUCCUGGCUGGGCCAAAGAGGGCGGUGUCCUCCAUCCAGCUCCCCAGUAAAGGCAUCCUGAAAAACAAGGAGGCUCCGCGGGACAUCCGCAAGGCCAAGUCCAUGGAGGUGCUGUCCCCCCGGGUGGCAGGCAAGGCAGCAGGGCCCAAGGGGAAUCAGGAUGUGGAGGCUCUGAAGGAUGCAGCCAGGCAGAGCAUGGUGAAGGGGAAGAUACAGUUCUCUGCCUUCCUGGAUGAGAUCACUAAACAGGUCAUCAGCCCCGCCCGUCUCAAUACUCUGGGGGUCCCUGUCGAGACUGUAGGACCGUGUCCAGCCAAAGCCCCAGCAUCCCCCAAAUCUCAACCGAAAAGUCAGCCCCAGCUUCCCUUGAAAAAGCAGGGAGAUGGGCAGGGGGAACAGAGGGAGCCGGCUACUAAACCGCAGGCUCUGCCUAGGAAACUGAGGAAUGGCUCUGACGCACGGUCACGGAAAAUAUCUCUCCCUGCAAAGUUUGGGUAUGAAAGCAAGAACCACACUCCUCGUCUAGGCAGCCCCCCAACCCGCCACUCCAGCCAACCCUACCCACCCCACCCACCAGCUGGCUAUGAAGACCAACCAGCCUCCCUGCCUGACUUCCAGGGUCCUGUCGGUAAUAGGCAUGGGCGGUACGGGCCACUUCUUACAGACGGCACUGUCAGCUCCAGCCCUGAGCCCAGCCAUCACAAACACCGGAGCUACAAACACCUUGACCAGAGCCACAGGCCCAGCCACAGCCCACCUUCAUCUCCACACACCCAGCAGCCUCAGCUACCCAACCGCGCCCCGAUCCGCACACACUCCCCUCCUCCAGUACCAGGACCCGAGUCGGAGUCUCCCUCCAGCAAGUCUGACUCGUCCCGGAACAGAGAACGAGACACGGCCAGCCCCAGCUCCGAGCAGAGCGACCGCCACAGCCAGUCAACCUACCGCUGGCAUCCUAAACCACACAGGGUGAGAAAUAAAUGAUGUCAACUACAGAUGUAGGAUCUUAAUUUUUGCCAGUUUGCUACAGCAGGAAAAUAAUCCUGCAGCAACAGGAAAUGUGAAGUCUUAUGUAGAUUAUAAUGAAUGGACAUUUUUGUAGGGGUUGAUACAUUUUUCGUUAGUGCAAAUCAAGUCUGAAAUUUCUAAGUGGAAAUUACAAACUUUAGAAGCCUUUAAAAAACGUAAAUACAAUACAAGUUUGUAUUUCCUGCUUUGCAGGAAAAUUCUCAGAAACAAAAGUGUGAUCAAAUUAAGAUCCUACAUCUGUAUGCCGAUGGAGUCAAAGGGUCGAAAUACAUACUAUAGAUAGUAGGUCCUAACUGUAGAGUUAGGUAAAUCAUGCAUUGAUGUCAUUAUGAUCCCCAAGUAGGAUUUGUCCCAAAGUUCUUUAAUGUUCUCAAAGUGAUUCAAACCACACAGGGAGUGUCAGUUGAUGUCCUAAACCACAAAGCAGCAGUUAUAUAAGGAGAACUCAAGCGUCAUCCUCUGUCUGUGACGCUUGUCCAUACUGAACCAUGUUAGGUAACGAGUAACCUUUAUAGGCAUUGUGUUGCAUUGGGAACAACACGCUACCCAACCCGAGAGGGCCAGAGUGCCAGCUAGCACAGAGAGGGCCUGAGUAACCCUGCUGCGGCUCUGGCUUUAUUAACCUCACUGACCCAUAUCUGACACACAAUCAAUAGCUUUCCUGGAGCGUAUCAACUAAAGUUCAAUAAUCAAUCCCUUUGGCUCUGUUAUGUCCCUGUCAUUCUCUCUACCCUUUUCAUCUCUGUCCAAAAAACAUUCAAUUCAGUUUAUGAAACUUUAUUAGAAAGUGAAGAAACUGCACUGUACAUUGAUAAUAACAUGACUAAUACAGCUAAUAUAACUGUAUUAAAAGCUAUUACAUUAGAAAAUCAUUGACAGUUAUCUCUAAUCUUCUCUUCUCUUGUGCUGUCUCUCGCCAUAGGCCUUGACGGGUGACAUAGGCCAACUCCAGUGAGUGGGAUUUUUUUCCUUCUCCUCCUCAUCCUCUCCUCUUGUUUAUCGAUGCACUUUAAAGAACAUCCUUUUUAUUGUGAAAUGUCACUGGAUAUCGAUUCCACUAUUGGCUUACAGAGCUCUCUCAUCACCUCUAUCAGUAAAGAUGGAUGAAGAACAUGUUUAGAUAAGCUGUAUGAAAAAUGUGUGUAACAAUGGUACAACGCACAGCGUUCAGUCUGGAUUACUUAGCUAUGUGAAAUCUCUAGAAGCUGACCUGAGCUGCAUCUAAUGUGCUAAAAUGGCCACCUUAGGAAAUGUGACUGCAUUUCUUUAAUAAAACUCCAUCUCCCAUGAUCCUCCUGUGUGUAAAUAGGGCACUGCAGGAUGAAAAUGCUGAGCUGCACCAGAACCUGAUGCAAACAGUGGUCUGCAUUGAGAGCCUGGAGGAGGAGCUAUCCAGGGCCAGGGAGGAGCUAAGCCACAUGAAGGAGAAGUUCAAGAGGUCAGGGCUCAUGAUAAUAUGAUGACGGCAGUGGAGGCUGGCAGUGGAGGAGCUAUAGGAGGACGGGCAUACAACAUGGGCCCAGAAUUCAUAGCCAGACCCUUGCUUAUGAUGCUGUGUCUCUCUCUGCUGCAGGCUCCAGGACACAUACACAGGUACCCAGCACACCAACAGCCUUCUGGGGGAAAAACUGCACUCAGCGGUAAGAAUCUGGUCAAACAUGACAGACUGAGAGACAAAGACAAAGACAGAGAGAGAGACUGAGAGAGAGACAGAAAGAGACAGCGACUGAGAGACAGAGAGAGAGACAGACAGAGAGAGAGAGAGACAGACAGAGAGAGAGAGACUGAGAGAGAAAGAGAGACAGAGAGAGAGAGAGACAGAGAGACAGAGAGACAGAGACUGAGAGAUAGAGAGAGACUGAGAGACAGAGAGAGACAGAGAGAGAGAGACAGAGAGAGACUGAGGAUAUCUUAUCUAGGUAACACUGUGGGCCCUGGCCAGGUAACACUGUGGGCCCUGGUCUAUAACUAGUUUGUCCAGGUCAGGUCAUAUGGUCGAGAAAGACUCCUGCCACUAUACAAACUCAUUUCCCCACCCAGGCAAAGAAACAUACACUGCUCUGAAUAUCCUUCUCCCGCUCUGUCACCUCUACAACACACAGUGUUGUGUUGACUUACAGUAGCUUGCAAAAGUAUUCACCCCCCUUGGCAUUUUUCCUAUUUUGUUGCCUUACAACCUGGAAUUAAAAUAUUUUUUUUGGGGGGGGGUUGUAUCAUUUGAUUUACACAACAUGCCUACCACUUUGAAGAUGCAAAAUAUUUGUUCUUCUGAAACAAACAAGAAAUAAGACAAAAAAACGGAAAACUUGUGCGUGCAUGACUAUUCACCCCCCCAAAGUCAAUACUUUGUAGAGCCACCUUUUGCAGCAAUUACAACUGCAAGUCUCUUGGGGUAUGUCUCAAUAAGCUUGACACAUCUAGCCACUGGGAUUUUUGCCCAUUCUUGAAGGCAAAACUGCUCCAGCUCCUUCAAGUUGGACUGGUUCCGCUGGUGUACAGCAAUCUUUAAGUCAUACCACAGAUUCUCAAUUGUAUUGAGGUCUGGGCUUUGACUAGGCCAUUCCAAAGUGUUCGAAACCACCCGAGUGUUGCUUUAGCAGUAUGCUUAGGGUCAUUGUCCUGCUGGAAGGUGAAACUCUGUCCCAGUCUCAAAUCUCUGGAAGACUGAAACAGGUUUCCCUCAAGAAUUUCCCUGUAUUAAGCGCCAUCCAUCAUUCCUUCAAUUCUGACCAGUUUCCCAGUCCCUGCCGAUGAAAAACAUCCCCACAGCAUGAUGCUGCCACCACAUGCUUCAAUGUGGGGAUGGUGUUCUCGGGGUGAUGUGAGGUGUUGGGUUUGCUCCAGACAUAGCUCAAAUGUAUUCUCAUCUGACCAGAGUACCUUCUUCCAUAUGUUAGGGGAGUCUCCAACAUGCCUUUUGACGAACACCAAACGUGUUUGCUUAUUUUUUUCAUUAAGCAAUGGCUUUUUUCUGUCCACUCUUCCGUAAAGCCCAGCUCUGUGGAGUGUACGGCUUAAAGUGGUCCUAUGGACAGAUACUCCAAUCUCCGCUGUGGAGCUUUGCAGCUCCUUCAGGGUUAUCUUUGGUCUCUUUGUAGCCUCUCUGAUUAAUGCCCUCCUUGUCUGGUCUGUGAGUUUUGGUGGGCGGCCCUAUCUUGGCAGGUUUAUUGUAGUGCCAUAUUCUUUCCAUUUUUUAAUAAUGGAUUUAAUGGUGCUCCGUGGGAUGUUCAAAGUUUCUGAUAUUUUUUUCAUAACCCAACCCUGAUCUGUACUUCUCCACAAAUUUGUCCCUGACCUGUUUGGAGAGCUCCUUGGUCUUCAUGGUGCUGCUUGCUUGGUGAUGCCCCUUGCUUAGUGGUGUUGCAGACUCUGGAGCCAUUCAGAACAGGUGUAUAUAUACUGAGAUCAUGUGACAGAUCAUGUAACACUUAGAUUGCACACAGGUGGACUUUAUUUAACUAAUUAUGUGACUUCUGAAGGUAAUUGGUUGCACCAGAUCUUAUUUAGGGGCUUCAUAGCAAAGGGGGUGAAUACAUAUGCACGCACCACUUUUACGUUAUUUAUUUUUUUUAAUUUUUUGAAAGAAGUUAUUUAGAAUUGUUUUUACUUCACCAAUUUGGACUAUUUUGUCCAUUACAUGAAAUCCAAAUAAAAAUCCAUUUAAAUUACAGGUUGUAAUGCAACAAAAAAGGAAAAACGCCAAGGAGGAUGAAUACUUUUGCAAGGCACUGUAUGUCGUCUGCUCUGUUCUGUCCUUGAAGACUGAGAGCACAAUUAGUACUACUGCUAUACCAUCUCUAGAACAAACUGUACUGAAUAUGUUGAGUCAUGUCCUCUGCUCUAUCCCUGCAGACCGAGAGCCUUAGCUCUGAGAGGAAAUAUAUGGUGCAGCGUAUCACCCAUCUCAGCACAGAGCUGGAGCAGGCCAACGCCACCGUCGCCUCUCUGGAGAACAUCAAUGUGAGCACAGCACCAUCUACUGAGCAAUAUAUGAACUAAAACCCACACUAGCUUUGUUCAUGUACUGGCAACAGAAAGAGUGGUGGAAAGACAAUAUGAUGAUUUGUAAAGUUGAUAGUGGCCUUACAUUAAAAUACUGUAUCCAUAAUCUCCUCAACUCGUGUUCAGCUCAUUGCAGACUACAUGAUCAUUUCUUGUAACUCCUCUACUGGUUUCUCUAUGUCUGUUGUACUGUAUGAACUGAGAGGAUGUCUGUGCUGCCCUCCAGGUUCCCUGUCUGAUCAAGGAGCUCCUAGAAAAGCACUUUGACUCUGGAGACGCUGUCAAGCAGUUUCUGAAGAACGCCUUGAAAACCGGCCAAUCUACGGGCGACAUCGAAUCAUUCACUCCAAAACUGGAGCAGAAGCCGUCUGAUUGGCCAGGCGUAGGACUGAGGGAGUUUGAGGCGGGUCCACAAAAGGUCACUGCUUUUAUGCCCUGCAAGCAGGAGGAGGAGGGGUUUGGGGUGAUAGGUCAGACAGGAAAUGAGGAUUCUCGCCCGAUGAGUCCCCCUUUCUCCGUCGCUGACAUCAGUAUGGCUAUCUAUAAGAAGAUAGCUGCCAGCCAAGCGGCAAGACAGCCUCGGCCUUCCAACUACCAACUUCACACUGACACCCCUCCCAACCCCUACCCUCUGGUGGAGUUGGGUGCAGGGGGUGCAGGAGGUGCAGGAGGUGCAGGGGGGGAGGGUUACCUUGUGCCUUCUGUCAAGGGGGGCGUGGCAGAGGCAGGGAGAGCAGCUGAGAGUAAGCAGGGUGCUGUUGUUGAUGUGUCCUAUCUGACGGCCCAGAGGGUUCUGGAUGACUUCCUGCACCAGCUGACGCACCCAGAGGAUGGGAGUGGAGGUGGGGGGGAGGGGGCACAAGGCCAACAUGGGAGGGGGAAGAACUGA